CCUGUGCUGCUCAGCUGAGACGUGAAGCGCUGCAAGGAGUGGCGGAAGGGAGCAAAGGGAGGGAAUGCACAAGCGACGGCUGGAAGUGCAUGAGAGUGCUAGAGGAGGAAAACAGGUCGAGGAGUGAACGCGGGGGGAGGACGAGAGUGGGAGACAGAGCGAUAGGUGGAGCACCGAGAAGAGGAGAGAGCAUCUGUUGACCUGCUUCUUCUAAAGAACUGAUCCAGACAGACAGGAGAAAUCAUGGCCAACCUCACUGCCACUAUAAACCCAAGUAAUUUCUCGUGGCACCAAGAGGCUGUCUCUCUCUCCCACGUCUCCUUGCAAGUCCAGGAAGUAUACCCCUUCCAUGACGGCUGGAACGUGGCGUGCUUUGUCAUCCUCCUGCUCUUCAUCCUCACUGUCCUGUCUCUGGCAGCCUUGGCCGUGCUCUAUGAGCUACUUGACUGUGGGUGCUGCGCCAAAGAGAAGACACAUCACCAGCUACAGGAGGAGGGGCCGGGGAGCUGCAGCAGGCUCAUGACCAGCAUUUGCAAGGAGUCCGAAUCACACACUGAGGUGGUAUGAAGGCGGCCAUGACAACAUAAAGGAACUGAAGGAAUUCGGGGGUCAUUGCUGAGUCGGGGCAAAAGCACAGGCGCUGAGGCUGAUGCACAGAGAAAUGAACUUCUACAACAAUGUAAUAGUGGUUCAGCUGCUCACAGUUGAAAAGGGAGCCCAGAUACAGUUAAAAAUGAAGGGGGCAGUGUUUCAUUGAUUUGGAGGGAGUCUUAAUAGCUUUUUUAUUUUGUCUAUGAGGAAACGCUCACACAUAUACAUUCACUACCACUUAACAUAGAGUGCAGACCCUGAAAGCCAUAUUUGACACCAGAAAAUAAUCAGAAGAAAGAGAGGGCAGCGGUGUAGAAAUUUAAAAUGAACUACUUUUUACUUUGUUUUCUUUUACACAGUAAAAGCCAAAACACAUUAACUUAAAACUGACACUAAUCGGAACAAAUAUCAUAAAUUUCAAAAAGAAAGCAAGUUCUCUUGUUCAGCGACACCUGCCCUGUGAGUACUGCAUAUAAUUAUUACCUGUUUGAUCCAGAGAACCAUCUACGAGAGCUUGUAAAAUGUUGUACACAAAGAAAAAUUGGCAUAUUCUUGUUUCCCAAGCAGCAAAGACAUCAUCUUUAAGUUGGAUAUCCUCUUUGCAUUAGAUAAAGCCUGUGUUUUUCCGCUCUUAAGUAAAUUGUGUAACUGUGCCGUAAACAUGUUAAGCAUACAACAUUAUUUGAUGACUAAUGACACUUGGUUGCUGCCCAGUGAUGUUCUUUAUCAUGUCAUACCAAGGACGAUGUAUAAUUUCAUAUGCCUUACCACUAAAUGCCUAAUAA